AUGGACAACAUAUUUCCGGAUGAUGAUGAGACCACAGCAGUGGAACCUCCGACAAAGCCGGUGAAGCCCGUGAAACGGAAGAGAGCAGAGGAAGAAGAUGCCUCCUCCUCGUCAUCAUCAUCAUCAUCAAGUGAUGAAUCGUCGUCAUCAUCAUCAUCGUCUGACUCGGAUUCUGAUUCCUCUGAGUCUGAGGAGACCCCUACUCCAGCCAAGAAGAAGGCUCGACCAUCAUCAGCUGUAGAAGUGGUGCAGCCAGGGGAGGAGUCGGAAAAGGCGAUGUACGUGGCUGCAACUGGCGAGGGUGAUCAGAAGGAGUUUGUGUGGCGCGUGACGGAUGACGUGAAGGUUAAGGCUAAGUUAUGGAAGGGCAUGGUGUUUAUGGAUAUAAGGAAGUAUUUUGAUGAAGGUCGCAAGCCCACACAGAAAGGUGUCUUCCUCAACGUUGAGAAGUACGAGAAAACAAUGGCACGGCAGGAGAUGGUGACAGCCGCUCUAAAAUGGCUGGAUGAGGGUGGCCGAGCUAAGUCGCCGGUCCUUACGGGAGUGCUUCGAAAUGAUUCCACUUUCAUCGACCCCGACGGUGCUAUUAUCAUGGAAAUCGAUAAGGGCUUGAAGUUGAAGGUAUAUUCGUUCAAGGGCAUGUACUUAGUUGACAUCCGCUCAUACUUCAAGGGCAACGCUACGAAGAAGGGGAUUAGUCUUAAACCCGACGUGUAUUUCAAGAUUGCCAAUUGGACAGAUUGGUCGAAAGCGGUUGCAGUCGUUAAGAAGGCCGUAGAUCAGCCCGUUGAGCACGCGUGCAGGAUGGCGGGUCGUAGUGGAGCUGUGGGAGCUGGGCUAAAAGUUAGUGAAUGCUGGGUAUGCAUUUAUGGUGCGACACAUAUCUACGACAAGAUAGAUAAUAAUCUGCCAGCACCGCCGAAUUCUGGGAGUGCCUUGGCAGGCCGGGCGCUGGUACGACUCUAUGGCGAAGAACAGGAGUUUGCUCCUGAAGUGCUCCUCGUUGAGUUGCCGGCUCACACUGGAGGCGACUUCUUCACUAACGGUUUAAUAAAGGAAGUCGUAGGCGUGGUAGAAGAAUAUUGGAAGAACUCGCCUGAGGUCGAGAUUGAGAGUUAUCUUUCCGCCCAGGUUCUACCCGGAGUAUCGGCAUUUUUCAUGUCGGAAUCUAAUCGAUCCUCCAUCAUAACAGUCCUAUUCCCCGUCACUUGGACAAUUGAUUCUGUUUAUCGCCAAGAACAAGAUGUUCUCCAUAUGCUCGGUCAACGCUUCGGGGCAGUUGAUCUCGUGGCCCACUUCAGUGGACCUAGGGCCUUCAUCAAAGAAGCCCCCGCUCUUCUCGAGCACGAUUUGUUGAUAAUACACGUCUUUGUAAUCCCCCUCGCAUUCGCUGCAUUGGCGAUUGCAUUCAAGUUUCUCAAUAUUGAAGCCAUAUCUCCAGCCGUCAGUACUGACAUAUCGUACACUGUAGCAACACUGGGGUUCUCAGUCAUACUCGGCCUGGCCCUAGACUAUGAGAUAUUCCUUCUGGGUAGAGUUGUCGAGGAGCACGAUAAUGGUCUGUCAGAUCAGGCUGCGGUACACGUUGGUGUUUGGAAGACUGGACCUGUUAUCACAAUGGCUGGAGUCAUCAUGACCAUUGCUUUCUGCGGUCUUCUCUUCGCAUCGAUGCCACUAAUUAACCAAGCGGGAGUCCUGCUGGUCACGGCGGUCUUGUUUGACACGUGUAUAAUGCGCACUAUAGUGACACCGGCACUGCUAAGGGUUAUUGGUCGGCUCAACUGGUGGCCAAGGAAGUCGCCUCAAGUUACUUGCAACGAUGCUCGGUCUAUUCUCGAUCGCGAAGGAAGCAUCAAUUCUGAGCAAAGUGAAUGCAACCCCAAAAAUAGUCCAUAA